AUGAAGUCAAAUCCCAACCAUGCUGAAGCAAACGAAAUUGUAAAAGGUGCAAUGCUUCAAAAAGUCAUUGAUUGGGGGUUUCCUCCGAGGACUGUCAAGUAUGUUAAAAAAAUUAUAGACGAGUGGUACGCAGGCAAAACUAUGAAUGGAUUACUUGAUCUAUGGGAAGCUAAGCUAACACCAGCCAUUAGUCAUCAGGCUCCACUGAAUAUAUUGACGUACAACGUAGAAGGAUGGGGUUCCAGAGAUCUCGAAACUAUUGAAAUGAUUGCUAAUACUGAUAGCUCUAUUUGCGUUCUCACUGAGGUUGGAGAGCAAUGGAACAAAGUUUCCAUACCACAUUUUAAAACAUUUUAUCAAAAAGGAACAAAUUUGAAAGGUGGAGUUAUUAUAGCAGUUGGUAAACACCUGAAAGCCACACGAGUCGACAUAGGAAUAGAAAACACAGCAAUAGUAGAUAUAGAAGGUUUAUCAGAACGAAUAAGAAUUAUUGGCAUCUAUUGGCCACAAUGCCAAAACAGAAAUCUAAAUGAUCUAAAACCUUUCAUAGAUGAAAAAACAAUAAUAACAGGAGACUUUAACGCAGGAGUAGAAAGUUGGGAUAGCCCAAAAACGGACGCAAGAGGUAGACAGUUAGAAAAAUGGAUUGAAGAAAAUAAUUUGAUAUACAUACCAGGCACAAGAAACUCAUCUAAACGUUCGGAAAGAAAUAUUGAUUUUGUGUUUACCAAUAUAAGCGAAUUAACGGCAGAAACUUUAGAAGUAGGAUCUAGUGAUCAUUGGCCAAUAGUUACGAAAAGUGAAGACAUAGGAUACCAAAUAACGGGAUAUUUCCCAAUUGUAAACUGGACAGUAUAUGAAAUAAUGUUGCAACUAAUGCAAGACUUCUGGACCAAAGAACUAGCUUUGGAAACUCAAAACGUAGAUAAUUGGUAUAGUAACUACACCAGAUUUUUAAGUGCAUUAAAGAAGAGAGUAACAAACUGGAGAAAAAGAGAUAAAUUUCGACCCUCUCUGCCACCAUAUAUUAUUCAAAUGUUGAAGUCAGUAAGACAAGCGAGGAAUAAAUACUACAGGGAUAAGAAAAUGAACAAUGGUAUUGUUGACGAAGAGACCAGAUUAAUUCUAAGAAAAAUGACUAGCAAUGCAAAAAAAGAAAUUGUUAAAUAUAAAUCCGGUCGUUGGAAAACCUUUCUGUCGCAAAUACAAGAAGCGCACGAUGUAAAUGGAAAGGCGUUUUGGUCCCAUUUAUCAAAAAUUUAUAAACCUAGAACACUUCCAAUAUCUAAACUACUCACAGACGUAGGCGUUAAAUCGAACCAAAAUGAAAUAAAAGACAUCCUAUAUGAUUAUUAUAACGAACAAGCGAAAUCGCCGGAAGUUGAUCAUAGAAACAACCAUGAUCAAUACAUUACCAGGGAAAGUUUGAGAAUAAAGGAGGAAAUAAUAAAGAGUCCAAAGAUGAAAUUAGAACCAAUCACACAAAUAGAAAUUAAACGACUCAUAAAUAAAUUGAAAAAUAAAAAGUCAGCAGGUUAUGAUGAAAUAUCUAAUCAUAUGAUUAAACUUCUUCCACCAGGUUAUAUUCAAUGCUUAACAUCAUGUUUUAACAUGUGGAUUGAAGAAUGCCGAUUCCCUGAGGUUUGGAAAACGGCAAAGAUUGUAACGUUGAAUAAACUGAGAGGAGGAAUCCCGCGAACCGAUCAAACACGACCCAUUUCCUUACUGCCAACGCACUCAAAAAUAUUCGAAAAAAUCUUGUUAAAUAGAACCAGAGAGUGGGCAGAGGGCAACCAGCUCAUCCCAAACGAACAAUCAGGCUUUAGACCAGGAGGUCUCUUACCCACGCGAGUCUUAUCGAUCUACCAAGAGAUUAAAAAUAAUCUAGCAGCGAAUAUGCCCACACUUGCUAUAUAUGUAGAUUAUCAAAAAGCCUACGACAAAGUGUGGCAUGAUGGCUUAAUAGUUAAACUUCGAGAUCUAGGAAUUCCCAUAAACUUGCUCACGAUGAUUGUUUCCUGGCUAAACUGCCGAGAAGCAUAUAUUAAUUUAGGAGAGAAUAAAUCAGAAAAAUUUAAUAUUGACGUAGGACUACCACAAGGUAGUAGCUUAAGUCCAUACCUUUUUAUUGUGUAUCAUUGCGACUUGAUUAAAUGUCUAGGUGCCCACUCAGGGCAUCUAUUUGCCGAUGAUUUGAGUGUGCUAGUAAGCGCACCAAUUAUGAAAUCCCUAAGCCCUAUAGUAGCGCACUUGGAAAAAGAAGGAAAUAAAGUAUGUAGCAGAAUUGCAGAGUAUGCAAAGAAGUGGAAACAGCCAAUAAAUGUCCAGAAAUCAGUAGCUCAAAUCUUCUACUCGCAAAUCACGUGUCCCAGUAUGACUAUCCUUAUGGAUGGAAUAAAACUAAAUUUAGUUAAGGAAUUUAAAUAUCUAGGCUUUACUUGGACCAGUAAAAUGUCCUUAAAACCAACGAUAGAUCAAUGCUUGGCAAAAGCUCAAGGAGCCCUAAAUAAACUAAAAUGGUUGCGAAAAGGCAGAAACAUCACGGUGCCAGUCCUAAGACAAUGUAUGUUUGCCUACGUAUUCCCGCAUCUAGCGUGGAUAUUUCCUUUUUACCCUGUCCUACCACCAUCUCAAAGAGAAGCGCUUGAUCGAAAGUUUCGAGUAGCAAUCAGACUAGUUCACCACUGUCCCUACGUCUCAGCAACUGAUUUACACAUGGUAACGAAAGAAGAACCAUUACAAGUAUAUGCGCAACGAUUUAUAAAGAAAAGAUUGAGAAAUAUCGAACGAUCGGAUCUCGGUCGAUCGCCCUUUUUAUUCGAUAUUUUCUACUGGGAUAAGCUCAAAAAAGAAAAGAAUGAUGCCCUAGGCCAUUUUUUCAGAUUGCGAAGAGUGAAAAGGCUGCUGAGCAGACAAGAAACAAUUUUAAUCAAAUGGAUAGAUUUUGCACUAGAAAAAUAG